UCUCCAGUAAAAUAAACUUGGUUAAAACAAAAUCAAGAAAUAAGUUAAUAACUAAUACAAUCAAUGGUUGUUUAUUAACGUCUCAGUGUGUGAAAAAAGAUGGUAACUGCGUAGAUUUUACACCUACUCAGAAUAUUAUCGAAGUUGAUGAAGAUGAAUUUGUCAUAGACGGUUGAAAUAUAAAUUUUUGAAAAGAGGACACAUGAAUGCAAAUCAUAUUUAUGUUACAAUGGAAUCAGAAGGUUUUACAGAAGCAAGUAGCAGUUCGGCCACCCCCAAACGUAGUGGUAGUAAGCUGAGCCCCUUAACCAACCAGAGAAUUGAAAGAAUGAAGGCUAAAAUCAAUUCUUUGAAGUGCAAAAUAUUUAGGCGUAAAGUUCCCCACUGUUUUUGCAAAGGAAGACCCAUCGAGGCUACCAAUAGAACAAAUAUCUCAAGAUUGAUAUGUGAAUCAAAACGAUACCUUUCCAAAGAUGCUCAUAUUAUUUUUGCUAAUGAGUUGAAAGCAAACUUUGUUAAUAAAUUCAACAGAAGAUAUGAUGAUGACUUGAAAGAAAUGUGCUUGUUAAGUGAAUACAAAAAAUCAAAAACUAAGAAAUCUAUGCAAUGAAUAAUGAUUCACAUUUAAGAUUACUUAUAUAUUACUUAUUUUUAUGUAUAUAUUCUUCUGUACAUUUUAU